AUGCGUAAAGGUUCGAGUUCGACGGCGUCUCCGUCGAACGGUCGCGAAGGGAAAGCUCCAUCCGAUCGCAGCACGGACGUCCGACCCGAACCCGCCGACACCAGCUCCGACAUUUUGGACUCGUCCCUCGACCUCGAGGAAGCUCACUUCCGGGAAGGCUACAGCGACGGCCACCGCCACGGGGUCGCCGCCGGCAGGGAGGAGGGCCGCCAGGUGGGCCUCAAGACGGGCUUCGAGACCGGCGAGGAGGUCGGGCUUUACCGCGGCUGCGUCGGGGUACGGGGCUCGGCCAUCCGGGCCGAUCCGACCCGGUACUCGGCCCGGGUCCAGAAGAGCGUGCGGACGAUGGAGGCGCUGCUGGACGGGCACCCGACGACGGAGCCGGAGGACGAGCUGGUGCAGGAGAUGGUGGGGGAUCUGCGGUUGAAGUCCAGGGCCGUGCGCGCGAGCCUGGGGGCAAAAUUGGAAAACAGGGGGUAUUUAAAGGGCGUGGAUAAUGAGGAUGUGGAGUUUUGA